AUGGGGAAGAUUCACUCUCUCCAAGCGUUGGCCUUUGGCACCUUGCUGGCCACCUUCUGGGCGGAGGGCAGCCAGCGGAGGGCGGCCGAGGGGGGCAUCCGCCGGCGGUCCCACCGGGUCCAGCACGGGCGCUGCAGCUACACCUUUGUCCUGCCGGAGGCCGACCUGCCCCCCUGCCGGCACCCCGGGGAGACCUUCGACGUCAACGCCCUGCAGCGGGACGCCCCCCUCGGCUCUCUGCUGCAGAGCGUGGCCGACCACCCCGUGCAGAGGGUCCAGCAACUGGAGAGGGUCUUGGAGAACAACACCCAGUGGCUGCUGAAGCUGGAGAGCUACAUCCAGAUGAAUAUGAAGUCAGAGAUGGUGCAGAUCCAGCAGAACGCGGUGCAGAACCAGACGGCCACCAUGCUGGAGAUCGGAACUCACCUCUUGAACCAGACGGCUGAGCAGACCAGGAAGCUGACGGACGUGGAGGCUCAGGUGCUCAACCAGACCUCCCGCAUCGAGAUCCAACUCCUGGAGAACUCGCUGUCCACAAACAAGCUGGAGACCCAGCUCCUGCUGCAGACCACCGAGAUCCAGAAACUGCAGAGCCAAAACAGCCUUUUAGAGACUCGAGUCCAGCAGAUGGAGGCGAAGCACCUGCUGGAGCUGGAGGGGAUCCGGCUGGAGAAGGAGCAGCUCCAGCAGCUGGUGAGCGACCAGAGCGGCACCAUCGAGGGCCUGGAGAAGACCCUCCAUGCCAGCAACACCAACAGCAGCCUUCUCCAGCUGCAGCAGUUGCAGCUCCUGGAGUCCGUCCAGAAUUUGGUCCAGCUGGUCUCCCAGGGCAAAGUUCCACUGAAGAAAGACGACCGGCUCUUCCAAGACUGUGCAGAAAUCCAGCAGUCGGGACUCAACCUCAGCGGGAUUUUUGCUCUCCGUAUCAACAAUCUGACAGAGCCCAAGAAGGCUUAUUGCGACAUGGAGACAGACGGCGGAGGGUGGACCGUUAUCCAGCAUCGCAUCAACGGCAGCGUCAGUUUCCAGCGGAACUGGAAGGAGUAUAAGCAGGGCUUUGGGGAUCCUGCUGGAGAAUACUGGCUGGGUAAUGAAGCGGUCCAUCUCCUAACCAGUCAGGGAGCCUAUUCCUUGAGGGUGGAGCUCCUGGAUUGGGAAGGGAAUCGCGCCUACGCCCAGUACGAGAAGUUCCAACUGGGGAGUGAGCGCCAGCGAUACAGGCUUUCUUUGAGAGGCUACAAGGGCACCGCCGGGAAGCAGAGCGGCUUGGUCUUCCAAGGGACCAACUUCAGCACAAGAGAUUCGGAUAAUGACAACUGCAUAUGCAAAUGUGCCCAGAUGCUUUCUGGAGGUUGGUGGUUUGAUGCUUGCGGACUCUCCAAUCUGAACGGAGUCUACUAUCCGGCGGGACACAACAUCCGGAAGCUGAACGGCGUCCGGUGGCAUUAUUUCCAGGGGCCCGGUUACUCCUUAAAAAGCACCCGGAUGAUGAUUAGGCCUACCAGCGGGCGUGAAGGGGCAUAG